GUUAUAGCAUGCGAUUUAUUUGUUUUAUCGAUAAUCAGUUGCUACGGAUAAUUUGCUUUUGCAAGGUUUGAAAUAAGUUAUUGCUAAAUAAAGAAUAAAGGUUCAUGGCUGCACCUAAAGCUACCACAAUCAAAGAAGCCAUUAAACGGUGGGAGGACAAAACGGGUCAGAAUUCUGCUACAGCCACUGAAGUUAGCUUAGUGUUCCAAUGGCCACCAAUCGAAAAGAUGGAUAACACUUUAGCCACGCUUACUAAUUGCGAAAAAUUGAGUUUAUCUACAAAUAUGAUAGAGAAAGUAACUGGACUCAAUAGUUUGAAGAAGCUUCGAAUCCUUUCCUUAGGACGGAAUUACAUCAAGUCUUUUACUGGAAUGGAAUCUCUAGGAGAUACAUUAGAAGAGCUAUGGCUAUCUUACAAUUUAAUUGAAAAACUAAAGGGUAUCAAUGUUUUAAGAAGCCUUAAAGUGCUUUAUAUGAGCAACAACUUGGUGAAGGAAUGGAGUGAGUUCAAUAAGCUUCAGGAACUUCCACAUCUUGAAGAUCUUUUGUUCGUCGGCAAUCCUCUAUACGACGGGUGUGAGUUGGAAGCGUGGCGCUCUGAAGCCGCGCGGCGUCUGCCCAAUCUGAAGAAGCUGGAUGGAGAGACCGUGUUGAGGGAGGACGAGCCUCCUUUGACUGUUGCAGAUAUGCAGCCUGAUGGCGGCGAUGCUGUGGAGACCCUGGUCAGCGCUGAAACUAAUGAUUAAUUAAUUUUUAAAAUAUCGUUUUAUUUAGCCAUGGCCACCUUAAUGGCCACUCACUGAACCGGAAACUAACCAUUAAUGUAGUUAAUUUGUCUAUGGCUGUCAUUACAAAUCUACCACAGAUUACUAAUUCUAUACUGCGUUAGGGCGGGAAAAUUCAAAAUUUUUU